AUGACGGAAGAAGUUGAAUAUAAUCUUGAUGAUGUGAUCAUCAUUGCUGAUCAAGAAAGUCUAAUUGAAUCAUUAAUAAAAAACUUAGGAAUCUUACAAACUGAAGCUCGUCACUGUGUAUUAAUUGAAUCCGAAUUUGAGUCAAACUUUUAUCACGUUAAAGAAAUUACAAGCCAUUUAUCAAGUAAAUUAGAAGCUUUAUCUAGAAUAGCUGAAAAACUUGAUAAUGAUAGGAAAAAUGCAACACUUCAAUUUGUCGAAAAAAUUCAUCGAUCUUGGUAUCUCAUGACCAAAAAGUUAAGUGAAGAACAUGCAGGAUUUUUUGUUGCCAGCCGAACAGUUUAUGGAGUAGCAUUGACAAGACUACUAUCAAAAAUAAAGAAAGAAGUUUCUGCUAUGAAUGUAUCGUUAAAAAUUGGCGAAUUGGUUUAUGAUGAAAGUUAUUUAAUAAAAGGGUACAUGUAUUUUAAUGAAUUGACAAAACUAUUAAAGACUCUUGAAGGCUGUGACGAAAAGGUCCAGCAGUAUUUGAUGGUUUCAAAAUUGAUUAAACACUUAGAAGAAUUGGAUUCAAUCAUAAAUCAAUUUGCAAAUAAUAUCAAUUUGUUAUCUUCCAAUGGAAAUGAAUGUAAAGCAUUUUUAUAUGUCUCUCAACUGUUAACUGGUGAACUCCUUGGAUGGGAUACAAUUGAUCCGAAAAUAGUUUUAAAUGAGAAUGCUCUUAGGAAGCCAGUAUUUAUUACAAGAAACAAUCGUCGAACACAGUUAAAAAGUUUACGCCAUUUACCGCUAUUUCAUUAAUUAGUUUUGAAUUGAGUUAUUUAUAUAA